ACAAUUUGCCGCCUUUUUGAAAUGUGAGGUUAGUUUCUAUAUAUUAUCUUAAGAAAUGUAAAACGUAUUAUAUUUUUCAGCUAUUUUUUAUAGUAAAAUUAUCAUUAUUAAAAUGGACCAAAGUGAAAAUAAUCAAAAAUCAGAAGAUGAUAAUUAUAUAGAGGAUAAGGAGGAAAUUUCCCUAUUAUUACAAACAGUACCAGCUUUAAAUGAUUUAUUUAAUUUACAUUGUAAAGUUGGCGAAGGUAGUUUUAGUUCAGUAUUUUUGGCAACUCUCAAGUCUUCCAGGGAUUCGAAAAAGUUUGCCAUUAAACAUUUAAUACCUACGUGUCAUCCUUCAAGAAUUCAGCGUGAAAUGAAUUGUUUAAAAAAAAUUGGGGGGCAAGAUCAUGUAGCCGGAUUGGAAUUGUGUCUAAGACAUGCAGGAUCAGUAGUUCUAGUUAUGCCUUUUAUGAGACAUGACCGAUUUAUGGAUUACGUACAAGAUAUGACCGUGGAAGAGACAAAACAUUAUAUGCGUGCCUUAUUAACUGCCUUGCAAAGGGUGCAUAAAUUUCAUAUUAUGCACAGAGAUGUCAAACCAAAUAAUUUUUUAUACGACCGUCCGAAUAGAAGAUAUCUUUUGGUUGAUUUUGGAUUAGCUGAAAAUUACAAAAGAGAUCUAAAUAAAAGUAAUAUUAAACCGUUAACACCUCCUGUCGCUGAUAGUACAAGAAAGAAAAGAGAAAUUGAGGUGAAUAAAAGUUCUCCAACGUCUCUUGGAAAGCUUGAAGAAAAGUGUUAUUGCUUCGGUAAACCUAAAGUUUGCUCUCUUUGUUUGAUAAGACCUGCACAAGUUGCACCUCGAGCUGGUACUCCAGGUUUUAGAGCACCAGAGGUUCUCUUAAAACAUCCUGCUCAAACGCCAGCAAUUGACAUUUGGGCGAGUGGAGUUAUUUUAUUAUCAAUUCUCAGUGCAACACAACCAUUUUUCCGUUCUCCAGAUGACGGUACUGCUUUGGCAGAAAUUAUUACUAUUUUUGGAUCCGAUAAAAUUCAUCUAUGCGCACGAAAAUUAGGAAAAAAGAUAACAAUUCCUGAACAAAUACCACCAGUUGAUAUCGUAAAACUUUGUCAAAAGUUACGAGACAGAGACAAAAAUGUUAAAAAUGAUGAGGAGUCUUCAGGGAAAAGUUUUCCACUAGAAGGUUUUGACUUAUUAUCGAAACUAAUGGAGGUGGACCAUCGAUUACGAAUAACAGCAGCAGAAGCUCUCAAACAUCCGUUUUUGAAAUUAUAACAGUCAAUUAUUUUCGAAUACGAGGACCAAACAAUAGAAUGGAUCGACAUUAAUUAUGUAUCGAGCAUCACGAUAAGCUUCUUCGUACUUCUCCAAAGCGUCGAAAGCCUGACAUCGACGAAACAGAGCCUUUGGAUCGUUGGGAGAAAUUUUCAGAGCAUCAUCGCAA